AUGAACACAAGCACAAGUGCAUCACCCCAACCUUCAGCCCUCGGCAGUGGCCCACCCAAAUUCACGAUCGAUACCGGCCUGGCCACUGUGCUUAUAUUCUUCGCCCUCGUUGCUGUGGGUGGGUUUCUGAUGUUAGCCGAAUAUAAAGAGCAUUGCAUCAAAGACUGCCUGUUAACUGCAUUUUUUGCACCUUUGCUCUGCUGCGUAAUCAUUGGAGAUUGGGUUUUUUCUGCCUUUAAGUGGAUCUAUCGCUUCGGAGAAACCUAUUUGUGGGCGAGGAUGGUCAAGAUGCUUGAUUAUAUAUCUAGAUCACAGGCUGGCGAUGAAGAAGAAGGUCUCGAAGCAAAUUCGAAUUCGAGGGAUAUCCGGGAUUCGAUCGAAAUGAAGGAUAUGGGUGAAUCUACACUUAAUGAAGGUUCUAGCUCGAAUGUUCUAACUCCUUAG